AUGCAUCCAUGGCUUCAAACCGUGAUCGAUAUGUGCAGGGGGAAGUUCAAAGGAGAUCUCAAGGCUUUUGAGGAAGAUCCUCUCGGAAUAUCGAUCAAUAUCGAAAGACACUGCUUCGGAGAAUUUUCCAUGGCAAGCGUUCAAGCCAAUGAAUUCAUGGAAGACCGAAGCCAGGUUGAAGUUGCCUCUAACAACGCACUCUUUCUCGGUGUUUACGACGGUCACGGUGGCUACCUGGCUUCACGAUUCAUCGCUGAAAAUCUCUUCAAGAACCUCUUAAGGAUUGCUCACGAGAAUGGAAAUACUAUAACACAAGAUACUCUAAGCAGCGCUGUUUCUGAUACUGAAAAGCAAUUCAUCAAUUAUGUCCGCACGGAAUAUAUUGCAAUGCCAAGUCUAGCAAAAGCUGGCUCAUGCUGUCUUACUGCAGUUAUAUGGAAAAAGACUCUAUACGUCGCGAAUCUUGGAGAUUCGCGCGCCAUAAUUGUCUCUAUGGUUGAUGGAAAACCUGUUGUCGAACAGCUGACAAGAGAUCACAACUGCAAUGAUAUAGCUAUUAGAGAAGAACUCAGGGCAAUGCAUCCAAAUGAUCCCAACAUUGUGUUCAAGAGGAAUGGAUCGUAUCGCGUUAAAGGCAUCAUUGAGGUUUGUAGAACUAUUGGUGAUGCAUAUUUGAAGAGGCCUGAUUUUACGUUUCACGAUUCGUUUCCCAAAGAUACGAACGGGCCUCCACUUCCUGAUAAAUGUGUGCUAUCAUCAGAACCAGAGAUGCGUUCUAGAGCUUUAAGAAAUAAUGAUAAGUUUCUGAUAUUUGCUUCUGAUGGACUUUGGGAUCUCAUGUCAAAUGAACAAGCUGCUCUAAUUGUUUCAAAGAAUCCAAGAAAUGGAAUUGCGAAAAGGCUUUUGAGUGUUGCGCUAACGGAAUCUGCUAGAAGAAGGGGAUUUUCCUAUCAGAAUGUUCGAGCUGCUAGUCCGGGACGCGGUAAUGCGAGCAGGAGGUCUUUUCAUGAUGAUAUAAGUGUGAUUGUUGUGUUCUUAGAGAAACCGUCGAUUCUGAGGAAACGCGUGCUUAAUAUGUCUUACAGCGGCUUAAAUCCGGCGCCUGAAAAAUCUGAUUUCGAAGGCUCUGGAUUAAGCUCUUUGAUCCUGAGUCCAUUGAGUCCUCGGGGUCUGAAGGCAAGUUUCAGAAGACGGUCAAAAUCAGUUGACAGUCCUCUGGGUGGAAGCUCUCAGGGCGAGGACACUGACAGGCUUAUUGAUCAGAGCUCUCGUCAAACUGCUCAAGGCCGUUGGGCGUCUCUGAGACAGAAGCUCUUUGCACCAUUUCGAAAAUAAAUAUGAGUUCAGAAUGUGAGCUGUUUUAACUUCCUUCAAGUGUCAGAGAUCUGUCAAGUCAAUUGGUUGAGUCUUUUUCUUUUUACUGCAUCAAAUUGUAUUUUAGAAGUGUGUCAAUUUCAUGUGAUAUAUUGAUUUCUCAUAGAGCUAUAGGAGAUAAGAACUAUAUGAUAGUUGUUUUUCACUCAGUUGUACAAAUUUGAAUAA